CUGGAAAUCGUCCAUCCAAUCUGGCAACACCGAUCUUGAGCAAUCACAUGCUUUAAAGUCGAAAAAAAAUUGUGGGGACGUCCGACUUUUGCUCCACGACCAUAGAAGGCGAACGAUCUGCUUUUGUGUAGUAAACAGCUUGUGUUAAAAAGACAGACCAGAAUGGCUCAGCAACCGCUUCUGUCGCGGCCCGAGUUUCACAACGUUUCCACCGGUGCUUUGGUGGUGAAGGAGCAGCUGAAUUUCUGGGGAGGAGCAAGAGUGAAGCCGAAGGACACAAAGAACUCUGAACCAGUAUACGAACCUGCAACUGGUCGUGUGCUGUGUAAUAUGAUUCCCUGUGGAGAGGAGGAGGUAGAUGAGGCCAUUAAAAGUGCUCAUUCUGCAUUCUUAAAAUGGAGCAAAUUAUCAGGAAUGGAGAGGGCCCGGAUCAUGCUGGAGGCUGCCAGAAUUAUUAGAGAGCGCAGAGAUGAAAUUGCGAGAGCAGAAGUGGCCAAUAAUGGCAAGUCCAUCACUGAGGCUCAGGUGGAUAUUGACGUUGCUUGGCAGUGUAUUGAAUACUUUGCUGGCAUUGCCCCCACUUUGUCAGGCCAGCACAUACAGCUUCCAGGAGGUUCUUUUGCCUAUACCAGAAGAGAGCCACUGGGAGUGUGUGUUGGCAUUGGAGCUUGGAACUACCCAUUCCAGAUAGCUGCCUGGAAGUCAGCCCCAGCUAUGGCCUGUGGCAAUGCCAUGGUGUUUAAACCAUCUCCCAUGACCCCAGUGACCGCGGUCAUGUUGGCAGAGAUCUACAAAGAGGCAGGUGUCCCAGAUGGACUCUUUAAUGUGGUACAAGGAGGAGCCGAGACUGGAGCACUGCUGUGUCACCAUCCCAUGGUGGCCAAAGUGUCCUUCACUGGCAGUGUUCCCACUGGAAAGAAGGUUAUGGAAAUGGCAGCCAAAGGUGUGAAGCAGGUGACUCUGGAGCUUGGAGGAAAGUCACCACUGAUUAUCUUUAAGGACUGUGAACUGGAGAAUGCGAUCAAAGGAGCACUCAUGGCCAACUUCCUCACCCAGGGAGAGGUGUGCUGCAAUGGAACACGGGUGUUUGUGCAGAGGGAGAUCAUGCCACAGUUCUUGGAGGAAGUGGUGAAGAGGACCAAGGCCAUCCCUGUUGGGGAUCCCCUGUGUGAAGAGACACGCAUGGGUGCCCUCAUCAGUAAACCCCACAUGGAAAAAGUGCUGGGCUUCAUCAAGCAAGCAAAAGAACAGGGUGCAAAGGUUUUAUGUGGGGGAGAACGAUUUGUUCCCAGUGAUCCCAAACUGAAAGAUGGUUACUUUGUGUCCCCAUGUGUGCUGGACAACUGCAGGGAUGAUAUGACCUGUGUGAAGGAGGAGAUCUUUGGCCCUGUGAUGUCUGUUCUGCCUUUUGACACAGAGGACGAAGUUCUUCAAAGAGCCAACAACACAACCUUUGGAUUGGCAUCUGGAGUCUUUACCAGGGAUAUAGCACGUGCCCACAGAGUUGCUGCAAACCUUCAGGCAGGAACGUGCUACAUCAACAACUACAAUGUUGGCCCUGUGGAAGUUCCUUUUGGGGGCUACAAGAUGUCAGGGUUUGGAAGGGAGAAUGGACAAGUGACCAUGGAGUACUACUCUCAGCUCAAGACCGUUGUGGUGGAAAUGGGAGAUGUGGAAAGCCUCUUUUAGGCUAUUGUGAAGUUAUACAUACACAUUCCUGACAUUAAUGUGAUUUUUCUGUAUACUUCUCAGAUCUAUAGCUAUACGACGUUUAA